GGACAUUCUGACACAUGCUACGACUCAGAUGAACCUUGAGGACAUUAAGUGACAUAAUCCAGUCCGCAAAGGACAAUACUGUCUGACUCUACUUCUUUGGGGUCCCUGGAGCAAAUUCAUAGAGACAGGAAGUAGGGUGGUGGGUGCCAGGGGCUGAGGGAAGGGGAUGGGGAGUUAAGUUUAACGGGGACAGAAUUUUAGUUUGGGAAGAUGAGAAAGUUCUGGAGAGGGAUGGUGGUGAUACUUGCACAACAAAGAGAAUGUCCUUAAUGCCCCUGAGCUGUACACCUAAAAGACGGUUACGAUGGUAAAUUUUGCGUUAUGUGCAUUUUGCCACAGUAAAAACAAGGCAACCAGCAAACCCUGCGGGAGUUUCCCAGUUCACUUAAACCAGAACCCCAAGUCAUCUGCGGGGCACGGGUUCCCCAUGGGCUCUUCCCGCAUUUGACUCGGCCCAGCCGCUCGGCGCCGGCUUCGGUCCUCCCGUUGCGCCCCCGCCCAAGCGGCUCCCCGGGGGCGCCGCGUAAGCACUAGCUGCUCGAAGGCAGGAACGACUCCCGCCCCGGGCCCCCCGCAGCGGGUCGAGGGAAGGGUCUCAGAACCACCGCCUACCACCGGGCUCCGCCUUCGUUCCCGGAAGUCGCCCGCGGCAGGCAGGGCCAUCCCGGCGACUCCCGCGCAGCCCGGCGGCCGGAAGCGCGCGCCCGCCGAAGCCUGUCCCUUGCGGCGCGCCGUCCGCGCCCGAAGGCGCCUGCGCGGAGUCGACGCGGCCCCGCGUGGGACGGGCCGGCAUGGCGUUCCGGCAGGCGCUGCAGCUGGCGGCCUGCGGCCUGGCCGGGGGCUCGGCCGCGGUGUUCUUCUCGGCGGUGGCAGUGGGGAAGCCCCGCGCGGGCGGGGACGCGGAGCCGCGCGUGGUCGAGCCGCCGGCAUGGGCGGGGGCCGCGCGCCCCGGGCCCGGCGUCUGGGACCCCAACUGGGACAGGAGAGAACCACUGUCCCUGGUCAACCUGCGGAAGAGGAACCUGGAGCCCGGAGAAGAAGAGCUGGCGUCCAGGCUGGACCACUACAAGGCCAAGGCCACACGGCACAUCUUCCUCAUCAGGCAUUCGCAGUACCACGUGGACGCCUCCCUGGAGAAGGACCGCACGCUGACGCCCCUGGGUCGUGAGCAGGCUGAACUAACCGGUCUCCGACUUGCAAGCUUGGGGUUGAAGUUUAAUAAAAUCGUCCAUUCCUCCAUGACCCGUGCAAUAGAGACCACUGACAUCAUCAGCAAACACCUGCCAGGCGUCUGCAAGGUCAGCACAGACCUGCUGAGGGAAGGCGCCCCCAUCGAGCCUGACCCCCCCGUGUCUCACUGGAAGCCGGAGGCUGUGCAGUAUUAUGAGGACGGGGCGCGGAUCGAGGCCGCCUUCCGGAACUACAUCCACCGGGCGGACACCAAGCAGCAGGAGGACAGCUACGAGAUCUUCAUCUGCCACGCCAACGUCAUCCGCUAUAUCGUGUGCAGGGCGCUGCAGUUCCCUCCAGAAGGCUGGCUCCGCCUUUCCCUCAACAACGGCAGCAUUACGCACCUGGUAGUCCGGCCAGAUGGCCGAGUGGCGCUCAGGACCCUCGGGGACACGGGAUUCAUGCCUCCUGACAAGAUCUCUCGCUCCUGAGGGCCACCUUGAGGCCCCGCUCUCCUCCUCAGCCCCAUGCCGGCCUGGUGUGGGUGCCACCGAGACCGCGGGCUCCUCCCCUGCCCCCACACAGGCCGCGCCGCAGGGCCAGGGCUCCAGGGCGCAGCAGCCGGAGAGAAGGAUCCACGAAGCAGUGCUGCAGCGCUGAGCUUCUGGCCCAGGAUGCAGAAGGGAAGCACUCAGGUCAGAUCAGCUUCGUCUCUCGCAGUGUCUCUGCCUCACUCUUGUCCACCAGGAUGAGCCUGUUUCAGGAACAGGAACGAGCAGGCCUGUUUCAGGGACUGGACGAGGCCCCCAGAUGCCGUCCCCACAGGGGCCGCGGCAGACGCCGCAGCGAGCUGUCCGUCAGUAGAGCCCGUCAGGCAGGAGGAGGUGGGCACCAGCGCUCUUCCAUUCGUAACUUAUUUCGCUGCUUUUUACACUCUUUUCAUUUCCUAGAACUCUUUGUCACUUAAGUUUUCAUCGAUUGAAGAUUUUCCUCAUCUGGUUCUUGUUUUGAAAACCCAUUUCUCACUCCCGAGUCACACAGCCCUGACACUGUUGGAUCUGAACUCCCGUGUGUUGCUAGGCCUUUCCGACACAGAGGAGGGGCACCUUGGCAGGUGAGGGAGGUGACUCGACCUGCUGCUCUCGUGGGAGGGGCUGGGCAGUGACGGACCAGGAAGGGCCCUGUUUCAAUGAAGUGUCUGGCUGACAGCUCAGUCCUUGUUUACCUGUGGCUAUUAAUCUUUUAUGCUUGUGGAUUAAAAUAUUUAGAUACAACA